UUGACUGGAAAAGAAGACUAUAGACACAUAAUAGAGGUGAAGUGAUUAAGAACUGAGAAGGAGGGGGUUUACACUUUGCAGUUUGAAGUUUGAGGUUGUGAAGGUGCAAGAUCUACCUUUGUAUUCUCCACAUUGUAUCAUGGCUCCAAAAGCGAUCGCGAGUCCUAUCCCUGAUUCACUGUACCCCACACUCUCCAUCAUCAACCUCGCCAUCGGUCUCAUCUUAACCGCUUCUUUCUUCAUUUAUGAAGCAACCUCUUCUAGGAAAACCCGUUCCCUUGCUCAGGAGCUGACAACGGGAGCAGUUGCAUCAGUCUUCUUGGGUUUUGGGUCCUUGUUCCUCUUACUUGCCUCCGGCGUUUAUGUCUAAUAGUUGAUCAUCAAACUGUAUGAAAUUUUUGCUAUGCAGAUAGCUUUAAGUUUAAAUGAAAAUUUACAUGCAACAUUUUUGUUUUACAUCUUGCUCUAAAAUUAUGUUCUUAAACUGUCAGUGACAUAGCUGGUUGUGUUUAAUGAUCAAGAUGUUUAUGAAUUGCUGAGUUUUUAUGCUUGAUUA